UUAUGCGAUAAAGGCCAAUACUGCUGGAUUUCUCGUGAGGGCUCACGAGCCAAUAAAGCUUACCGCUUCUCCUUCCUUCAACAUCAUUCACGCAUUUCACUCCUAAUCUCCCUCCUGAUCUCAUUUUCGACAAUCUAAAACCUCUCUUGUCUCUCUCAUCAUUUCUAUCAAAACACGUAGUUGUUCUUCUUCUUGAAGCCACCUUUUGAGUUUUUAUGGGUUAUUUUUGUCAAAUUUCUGGUUCUUGAGCAUCUGGGUGGUUGAGUUCUUGGUUUCUUGGGAAUUAUUGUGAUCUGGGUGCUUGAGUUUUUGGUUUCUUGGGAAUUUUUAUGAUCUGGGUACUUGAGUUCUCCCAAGAUAUUUCACCAGCUUGCUAGAUUCAGCUUUGGUUUUGCUACCUUCUUUUGGGGGUUGCUUAGGUUGAGUUCUUUUGUAUUAUUCUAUGCAUGUUACUUUGAAUAUGUGGCACAACUGUCGGUGUAUUUCUUUUUAAUUCCUACCAUCUUUGUGUGAUCUAUACUUUACUUGUUUACUUAGACUACUUUAUUCAAAUUUAGGUUCUGUACUUAGUCAGUACCUUCUUUCUAAUCCAAGGGGUAGUUUUAGGAGUGGGGCAACUAUAAUGGAUUCUUGCUGUGUGACCUUCAAAGCCAAAGCUCAUCUGGCAAAAGCAAGCAGAGGUGGACUCAGCAAUGGAGAUAAUGAAUUUUGGGGAGAGAGGAUCAGGGGUAGUCUGAAUAACAGUGGUUGGGUUAGUCAGUUGGCUAAGGGUUUGAAAACAGAGAAGAGGCCCAGAAAGAUCAAGCCUGGGGUUGCUUGCUCUGUUAUUACAUCAAACAAUGGCAAAGAGACUGUGACUAUUCAAGCACCAAUAUUUGAAAGAAGAAGAGCAGACCCUAAAAAUGUAGCCUCCAUCAUACUGGGGGGAGGUGCAGGGACUCAACUCUUUCCUCUUACCAUCAGACAAGCCACGCCCGCUGUUCCAGUUGGAGGAUGCUAUAGGCUUAUAGAUAUUCCGAUGAGCAACUGUAUUAACAGCAACAUAAACAAGAUAUUUAUACUCACCCAGUUCAACUCUGCUUCCCUCAAUCGUCACAUUGCUCGAACAUAUUUUGGAAAUGGAGUGAGUUUUGGGGAUGGAUUUGUGGAGGUUCUUGCUGCCACUCAAACACCAGGGGAGGCAGGAAUGAAAUGGUUCGAGGGAACUGCCGAUGCUGUGAGAAAAUUUAUUUGGGUAUUUGAGGAUGCAAAGAACAAGAACAUUGAGAAUAUUCUGAUCUUGUCUGGUGAUCACCUUUACCGCAUGGAUUAUAUGGACUUAGUUCAGAAUCACAUCGACAGAAAAGCUGAUAUAACGGUUUCAUGUGUACCUGUGGGUGAAAGCCGUGCAUCAGAUUAUGGAUUAUUGAAGAUGGACAACAGAGGCCGAAUUAUCCAGUUUGCUGAAAAACCCAAGGGUGCUGAUCUGAAAGCAAUGAAAGUAGAUACCACUCGCCUAGGGCUGUCUCCACAAGAAGCCAUGAAAUCACCAUAUAUUGCAUCAAUGGGAGUAUAUGUAUUUAGGACAGAUAUUUUGUUAAAUCUUCUGAGAUGGAGAUAUCCUACAUCCAAUGACUUUGGAUCUGAAAUCAUCCCCUUAGCCGUGAUGGAGCACAAUGUCGAGGCAUUUUUAUUCAGAGACUACUGGGAGGACAUUGGAACUAUAAAAACAUUCUAUGAAGCUAACAUGGGCCUCACUGAGGAGUUUCCAAAGUUUGAAUUUUAUAAUCCAAAGACUCCCAUUUUCACAUCUCCUCGGUUCUUGCCACCAACCAAAAUUGAGCAAUGUCAGGUUGUGGAUGCAAUCAUCUCACAUGGGUGUUUCUUGCGUGAGUGUAGUGUCAAACACUCUAUAGUGGGUGAACGCUCACGUUUAGACUAUGGUGUAGAGCUCAAGGAUACCUUGAUGAUGGGUGCUGACUAUUACCAAACAGAAUCAGAAAUUGCAUCUUUGCUGGCAGAGGGGAACGUUCCAAUAGGGAUAGGGAGGAAUACGAAAAUCAGAAACUGUAUAAUUGACAAGAAUGCCAAGAUAGGAAAAGACGCCGUCAUUGUGAAUAAAGAUGGUGUUCAAGAAGCAGACAGGCCAGAUGACGGAUUCUACAUUCGAUCUGGAAUCACCAUCAUACUGGAGAAGGCAACAAUCAAGGAUGGCACAGUUAUCUAAAAGGUUCUCAAGCACUUGUAUGGACUUGUAUAAGAGUGUAGUUUGGAAGACAAUGUAAAGCAGUCUGCAUGUGGCUGCAGGAAAAGCCAAGACGAUGGCGGCAGCACUACAUUCUCAAUAAGAAGCAAGUGGUAUCUGUCCUGAAUGUAGAUUAGAACUUCCUCCUUUUGUAUGUAAAAAUUGAGCCUAUAACGGCUCCUAGGUGAGAGAAGUUCUGUAAUAAAGAAAAGGGCUGGCUGGGCUGAUCGGCUGCUUUCUUUCUUUCUUUUUUUCUUUGUUUGUUUGUAGAGGAGCCCAUCCAUAGAAGAGAGCUUAAGCUCAAAAAACUUUUGCUUCUGAUGAGGGAUAACAAUAAGGAGUCAACUUGAUCCUUGUAUUAAACUUUCUGUCCUUGAUAAUGAACAAAUAGCUCCACAACUACCUGAUUGCCUAUCUAAAA